AGAUAUUGGUCCAGAGACCAGCCAGGACAGCGGCCCACGGUGGAGUCGCCGGAGGGAGGAGCCAUGGUUGAAAAACAACAGGGGGCUGACUGACGGUGACGAAGCCUGUGGUGAAGUCCAGCGUGGAGAUGAGCAGACGGAGGCUGAGUCCGAAAUCGCAUACUCAAUGAGUAGAUACUCAAUUUCAGUAGGUACAUACUCAACAGGGCUACAUGGGUACGUAUUGUUUUCCCUGAAUGGGUGUAGUUUGAAUGCGAUCGGCCAUUUUCCAUAUUGAUGAUCUUCUCCUUUUUAAUGGCAGGGAGUGUUGAAGAUUUUAUUGACCAAAAUAUAAAGGAAUCAUGUACACUUUACAUUACUAUUAUAAAUCUAUCUCUACAUAAGAUCUGGUCUUUGUUAGCUCAUCUCUAGUCGUAAAUACCAGAGUCUUUGUUAGUAACCCCCCUCACCAGCUAGGAAUGCUGAGAUCAGACAUCUGUUAAAGGUAUUAGGGUAACCCCCAAUAACUUAGGUGUGUGUGUGUGUGUAAGGACACUAUAAAGGUCUGCCCCCAACCAGGGUUGGGCAGUUGCAUUGCAAUCCAACUCGGCUUUGUUUCAACUUUGUGAGAAUAAAGUCUAACUACUUUUGGUUUCAAAGCCUUGACUCAAGAGUCGUUUCUUCGGAGCAAAAGAGGAAAAAUCACAACAUCUUGGUGUCAGAAGUAGGAUCCUCAGAAAGAGCAGUAAAGUGGACCACGGCGGGCGGCAUCUGGACGAGCAACACAACAAUUUGGCCAAGGAAAAGAGAAAGGAGUUGUGUGAGGAGACGGAGAUCAUCAAUCGAAUUUCCCCAGGGGAUCAAGUCUAUCUAAGGGUAUUCAGGAGGAAAUGGAACGAACCGAGAAGGGAAGGGCCUUAUAGAGUGUUAGCAGCUAUACUUCCACGGAAGUCCAAGUGGAAGGAAAGAACACCUGGUACCACCUGAACCACUGCACAAGAGUUCCUAAAGAAAAAACAGGAACAGGAGAGAAAAGACCAGAAACCAACGAGCAAGAAAGUCUCAGAGUUAAAAAUAAUGAAUUGCAAAGUGUGGCAGAAGGAAUUGAACAAAACAAUGAAAAUAAUAACUCUGACAAUAAGCCUGAUUGUCAUAUGCUUGUCACAAGUUCAAGCUGCUACAGUCAACACCACAACUCCAAAUCCGAUAAUUCAGACUCUCAACCACACUUCCCUACCAUUAACGUUUCAGCUCUCAACGGAAGCCAGUAACAACUCCAUACCAGAAUUGCAAGGAAAACAACGUAGGAACAUCAAAGAGGAUUACAGUAUGAAUGAAGGCGAAACUAAACUUGAUGCUUUAUGGGAAACAGCACAGAGUAAUCAAUGGUAUGAAUGGGCAACCUAUACAGCAACAGAGUUAAAAAAGAAAGACUGUUUAUUCUGCACUAAAACACAGAUGAGCCAAGUAAUAGUGGUCCCAAAUCCUUUCGAUUACGAACAUUGUGCUAAAUUCAAUAGAGACUUUUGCCAUUUGAGGAAAGAUGUAAGAUAUUUUUGUCCAGCUGAAUGUUUGGCCUUCCUAAGUAAUCCCGGACACAUGUUGCUCUUUAAGAAUAUACCACUACUGAGAGCUAAAUGUAAAAGCGUUGAAAUAACUGAAGGUACGAAAAGACAACAUGACCAAGUAGAAAUUCCACCCUGGUAUACCAUAGACUAUAGCAAAGAAUAUGAAUGUUUUUUCAAAUCCACAGGGGUUAGGGAUGUGGGACAAUUUAAAGGAAAAUGCAGUGUCAUUUGGAAUCUAGAUACAAAGCCAUUUCGAAAUGUUGAUGAUUCUAUGGAUUUCCCACCCAGUCGGGCAUCAGGAAUAAGAAGAGGAGAAAAAAUAAGUCCAGCUGAAACUUGUGAAAAUCAAACUAUAUCAUUACCUGUAACGGAUCUGUAUGAGGAUCAAACUAAAGCAAUAGCUGACUAUUUUUGGAUUUGUGGAAAAAGAAAGCUAUUAUCUUCCUUACCCCCCGGAUGGAGAGGGAAAUGUACUAGAGUAAGAUUAAUACAAGAAAUCAAAAUAAUAGAAUGGGAUUCAGAAUCCACAAGGGAAAAUAAUAACACAAUCAAUCACAGAGCUAAGAGAAGUUAUAUACCAGAUCCUAAAGUAUAUAUAGACUCCAUAGGUCAGCCCAGAGGUAUACCAGAUCAGUUCAAACUACGAGAUGAAGUUAAAUCAGGUUUUGAAUCUAUUUUCAUUUGGAUUUCACAAAAUAAAAAUACAGAAUGGAUAAAUUAUAUAUACUACAAUCAACAAAGAUUCAUUAACUAUACCAACGAAGCUUUAAUUUCUUUAGGAGAACAAUUAGAUGCAACCAGUAAAAUGACAUGGCAAAAUAGACUAGCUCUUAAUUGGAUGUUAGCGGACAAAGGAGGUGUGUGCGUCUUAUUUGGAAACCAAUGUUGCACAUAUAUCCCUAACAAUACAGCACCAGAAGGAACAUUUACAAAAGCUAUGACCAAACUCAAAGAAUUACAAAUAGAAUUGGCAACUAAUGCUGGAAACGAGGAAAAAUUAUGGGAUUGGUUUAAUUUAAAGUUAGGAUCAUGGAGAGUAUGGUUAGCCAAAUUAGGAAUACUUUUGGGAGUGACAAUUGGCAUGGGAGGAUUAUUAUUUUGCUGUGCAUUACCUUUAUUAAAAUCACUAAUUAUCAAAGCCACUGUUAAACAAAUGGAAAUGUUAAGAUAUUAUGAUGACGAGAAAAGAAAUCUAACUCACCAAGAAUGUCAUCAAGAUAUGCUUUACAAAACAGUAUUGAAGUUGCAAAGGGCAGAUGAAAUUACAAAUACCUCCAAUGAAUAUUUGGAAUGAACACGAAACACAUGAAUUAGUAAAAUAAUCUUCGCAUUAUGUAUGUUCUGUUUUGUUUUCAUAUAAUGCAUAUUUUGUUUACAAUGCAUAUUUUAUUUGUUUUCAAUUAUGCAUAUUUUAGUUUAAUGCAUAUUUUAUUAUCUUCAUGUUACUUAGUAUUCAUUCUAACUCUUAUUUUUAAUAUUUACUCUCAUUUUAUUUUUUAUUUUUUUGUGUUUAUAUUUACUCCAAUUUUAUUUUAUUUUGUUUUUACUCUUCUUUUAUUUCAUUGUUAGAUACUGUAUAUUCUACAUAACUGUGAUAACCACAGGCAAGCGCAGAACCAAUUGCACGCACAUGCUUUGAACAAGUUUAUUCUUAACUAUAAUCUUUUGUUGUUAUCAGAAUCUUUUACUUUCUCUUUGUCAAUGGUAGAGAAAGAGGUUUGGUUCUGAUACACUUCAGAGAAAUGUUACAUAAAUGGUUAUUGGUAAUGAGAAAUCGUGACUAUUUAAGUCAUUAGAUGGUUAAUCAAGAAAACCUAGGUAUGAAGCAAUUCUCUGAAUGAAAUCAGUCAAAUGAGACGUGACCGUCUCAAAGGGGGAAAUGUUGAAGAUUUUAUUGACCAAAAUAUAAAGGAAUCAUGUACACUUUGCAUUACUAUUAUAAAUCUAUCUCUACAUAAGAUCUGGUCUUUGUUAGCUCAUCUCUAGUCGUAAAUACCAGAGUCUUUGUUAGUAACCUCCCCUCACCAGCUAGGAAUGCUGAGAUCAGACAUCUGUUAAAGGUAUCAGGGUAACCCCCAAUAACUUAGGUGUGUGUGUGUGCGUGUGUGUGUGUGUGUGUGUAAGGACACUAUAAAGGUCUGCCCCCAACCAGGG